AUGCUCCCGGAAAAUGGAAGUGAUCGUAUCAAGAUUUUGAAAAUGGCCCGAGAGCAAUGUGGCAUUGGGGAGGAGUCCAUUCAGGACAUCUACCCAUGUACACCUAUUCAGGAGGGUCUUUUCUCUGCCAACUCCGUUGGCUCCGGGGCUUAUGUCGACCAAUUCAUGCUAACGCUAUCUCCCGAGGUCGACCGGCUCCGCUUGGUGAAGGCAUGGAACAGCGUGGUUCAAUCCAGCGACAUACUGCGAACCCGCAUCAUUCAAACAUCCAUCGGGAACUACCAGGUCGUCACGGCCUACUCUGAGCUCUUGGUGCAAUGCUACGCUUCUCAGGAACACUAUUUGGCAAGUGAAGGUUCUAUGAAGAUGGGUGCCGGAGCUCCUCUAUUCCUCGUCGGUUUCAUAGACCCGGACACGGAGUCCAGAGCAGAGGAAAAGUACGGUUCCAUGCCAAAGGCACGGCUCGUUGUCACUAUUCACCAUGCAGUAUACGACGGUUGGUCGUGGGAAAUGAUGUUACAAGAUGUGGAAGCCGCAUACUGUGGUGAAUCACUGCCUCUGCGGCCGUUCUCGGGAUUCGUUUCCUUCCUUCAAGAUCGAGAUCUUGCUCGUGAGCAGGAUUUCUGGAGCUCCUACUUUCUCGAUCUCAACUCGGCUGUCUUUCCUGAGUCCCUCGCGAACAAUCAGCCGCCCCAACUCCGCACCAGAUUAGCCUACCAUCUCUCUCUCCUGCAGAAGUCCCAGUCAGGGAAGGGAGAAAGUGAUCCGUCAGUAUUUACUAGCCCUCAGGUGACCCCAGCAAUCAGAGUCCAUUUGGCAUGGGCUAUCCUUAUCUCACUAUACACUCAGUGUCCUGAUGUGGUUUACGGGACCAUCAGCAACGGAAGGCUGUCCUCAAUGACGGGAAUAGAUGGCAUUAUGGGGCCGACGAUGGCCACCAUUCCUUUUCGUCAAACGAUCGAUCCAUCUAUGCGUGUUGACCAGGCGCUUCAAAUGACACAUGCAAACAUGCAGUCAACCCUUGAAUGGCAGCAUGCGGGAUUGCCCUCCAUUUCCCGUACCAGUCAUGAUGCAUCUUCAGCGUGUAUGUUCCAAACCCUGGUCGUGAUCCAGCCGCCAAAGGCACCACUGGAAUCAGCGGUUUUUGAAUCUGUCGAAGAGCGACUGGGGGCAGACGGGUUUAUUCCGGGGUAUUCGGUAAUCCUGCUAUGUACCCCUGGCAUGAUGGACCAGAGUUGGGAGUUAGAGCUCCUAUGUGACGAUGAAAUCGUUCCCCGGGCUCAGGGGGAGCGUAUUCUUCGUCAGUUCAGCCAUAUCCUGGCUCAAUUGCAUGAGGCAACGUGCAACUAUGCGAGUGGGAACUACCUGGACCCAGCCGCGUUGAGUACACGAUUCAUGGCCUCGUCAAAAUCCAAUGCCAGAUUCGCCCAAAAGACCAGGGGGGUUUGCGCCUGGGAUGGGUCUUUCACGUACGAAGAGUUACAGCAGUUGUCUGAGAUAGGUGCGAUUGGACUGCGUACCGUGGGCAUUGGGGCAGGGGCUAUUGUUCCUAUUUGUCUGGAGCGCUCCAAGUGGCUGGUCAUCGCCAUUUUGGCCGUCAUAAAAACCGGAGCAGCGUUUGUCCUACUGGAUCACAAUGCAGCCUACGAUCGAAACCAAAGCAUAUGUAAUGCAGUAGCGGCACAGUGGAUUGUAACGUCCUCUGCAUGUACGAAAUACUGCGAGAACUUUGCCCCUCAACUCCUGCUGGUCUCCGAUCAGGUGGUGCCAGGGGAUGGCAUGCAGCCACCGACUGUGGACAAUGAAGUAGACUCCUCGCACGAUGGCGACCUGCUCUAUGUGGUGUUCACCUCCGGUUCGACCGGAAACCCCAAGGGCGUGGAAAUUGAACAUGGAUCUUACUGCUCUGCCCUAGUUGCGCAGCGUGAGAAACUCCAUAUUGGAGUCGGUAGCCGUGUCUUGCAAUUGUCUUCAUAUGCAUUCGACUCCUUUGCGGUCGAGAUAUUCACGACGCUGUGUAGCGGCGGCUGUGUCUGCAUUCCAUCUGCCGAAGAGCUGGCUUGGGGAAUUGGUCCAACAAUUCGGCAAUACCAAGCCGAAUGGAUGUGCCUUACUCCGUCUAUGCUUCGGCUCAUUGCACCUUCUGACGUUCCCAGCGUGAAGACUAUAGUCGCCGUCGGGGAGACGUUACAACCAUCCCAGGUCGCAGUAUGGGCCACCGCAGUCACGUUAUUGUGCGGUUAUGGGCCUUCUGAAUGUUGCACCGGAGCAACCGUUCACACCAUACACGGCAAAUCUGUUGACCCUCGCAAUAUUGGGAGGGGAAUGGGAUGUUCGAUAUGGGUGGUGGACCAGCAUGACCACAAUCGCUUGAUGCCCAUCGGGGCAAUUGGAGAAUUAGUCCUCCAGGGACGCAUCGUUGGCCGCGGCUAUCUGAACGAGCCGGAAAAGUCCAGUUCUGUAUUCUUGGAUAAAACCGAAUGGACCAGCAACAUGGGUUCAUCUUCUGUGGAGAGGUUGUACAAGACAGGCGACCUGGUGCGGCUUAAUCCCGAUGGGACCUGUCUCUUCCUCGGCCGGAAAGAUCAUCAAGUAAAGUUGCGCGGACAACGCCUCAAUUUAAUGGAUGUCGAACACCAUUUAACGGAAGCUCUCGGAUCCCAGUUCACUACGCUCAUGGCGGACAUAAUCAAACCGAGUGCAGGCGCAAAUGAUGGAGACGGUCAUCCUAUGCUCGUGGCAGUGGUUGAAACGUCAAACGAGGAAAUGUUCAGCACUUCCAGUUCCACUUCCCAGGUUCAUUCUAGAAAUGGGUCCUUGUUUGUUCCCCCAAAUUCCCGAUUCGCGCACACAGUCUCCCAAGCUGAACAGGAGCUCUCGGCCACCGUGCCGGCGGUGAUGAUUCCCUCUCUGUGGUUCCUCACGCGCCAAAUGCCGCUCACGAUUUCCGGCAAAGUCGAUCGACGUAAGGUUCGAGCCGCGGCUGAAUUACUCUCCCCCGAGAUGCUCUUGUCUCUCGGAUGUACUGGUGCCCAGGCGAGAGAUGCCCCGUUGGCAGCUACGGAGACCACAGCGUGGGCGGUGUCUGAAGUGGUGGCUGAUGUUCUUCAUUCACGGUUGAAAGUGGACAGAAACCGUGUGGUGGGGAAGAAUGUUACACUGUCUCGCACUGGCCUGGACUCUAUCGAUAUGAUGGCUAUCUCCGUGGCGAUUUCCAGCCGCUUUGACGUUCAGCUGUCCGUGGCACCACUCUUUCGAGCCGGCUUAACCAUUCGCGACGUGGCUCUCAUGAUCUCGAUGCCACCUGCUAUGCAAGCCCUGAAGCCCGGUCCGUCAGUGACAAUGGACCUUUGGGCAGAGUACCAAAUUCUACGAGAGAGAAUACGUAGCAUUUGUGUACAGUCACGGAAAUUGCGGGAUUCCAAUGGUCUCGUCGUAGGCCCAGAUGAGAAAAAUGCUCGAACUGGGCACGUUCUGUUAACAGGUGGCACCGGCUUUCUUGGGACGCAUAUCUUGAAGGCUCUGCUUGAAGAUCCUCGGGUACAGUCGGUCACAGCUCUUGUUCGCGCCGAGUCAGACACGGUGGCGAUGCGGCGGAUAGUUCAAAGCGCUCAUGUCGCAGGCUGGUGGAAAGAGUCCUACCGAAAUCAUAUCCGGGCAUGGAAGGGAUGUCUGUCCAAACCUUGUUUGGGGUUGUCUGAAAGUCGGUGGAAGAUACUGUGCGGCCGUGGAAAUUUGGAGGGAGGAUUCGACAGUGUGAUUCACAACGGCGCCUGGGUUCAUUGGGGCCAAGAUUACCACAAACUUCAGUCAGUCAACACAGAAAGCACGGUUAACCUGUUACGUGCCUUGACACAGCUGGCAUAUCCUGUGGCAUUCACAUAUGUCUCGGCUCUCCUGCCCAGCUGUCCAGUCGGGGAUGACGAUCGUAGUCUGGCCAAGGUUUUGUCCACCGCCGAUGGAUACAGCCAAAGUAAGUUUAUGUCCGAACUGGCGAUCAAAGAGUUCGAUCGAAAUUCAUCCUGCAAUAAUCUGCACGUGAACAUCAUUCGGCCAGGCUGGAUAAUUGGAUCUACGGACAUCGGGAUGGCGAAUGUGGGCGACUAUCUUUGGCGUGUGGUGGGCUCCGCUCUGGCUUGUGGUGUGUACAACAAUGAAGAGGACCCCAACUCGUGGAUCUACAUCUCUCCUGUGGACCUCGUUGCGGGCUUGAUCAUCAGUCAGACUCUUGAUGGACCUCGAGCCUCAAUAGAGAGUCACACUGAUGGUCCUCAAUCUCCCCAGAUCACGUCCAUCAUCGAUGGCCUUGCCGCAACGGAUUUCUGGCGUGCUGUCUCAACAGCAUGCAGCCAGAUGUUUGGCAGCCAUCUCCAACCUUGCCAAGGAAGCAGCUGGUUACACCGGAUGAAAGGAAGCAUGAUGGCAGUUGGGGGGGGAGCAUCUGCUUUGGCCGGUGUUUGA